GAAAGAAGUCUUUCUUCCAAGGUUUAAACGCUGGAGAGAAUAAAGUUUGGCUCUUUAAAUUUGAAGUUUCAUCAAAGCCGAAUUCCAUACUGGGUAUUCUUCUUCAAUUGACAUAUAUACAGAUGCUUUCAUGGUUGUGAGUGAUCAAGGGUCUGGAGCGGAGUUUGGUGAAUUCAUCAUUCUGCCCACAAUGCAACAUGUUUCGUAAUUAUCCCUGUGUGUAAAGGAAUUUGGUAAUCAUCCCGGUCUCAAGAUGAUGGCUGAAGAAAAUGAAGGAUAUAUGUGUGAAAACAAAAAGACUAUCUUCAUUUUCUUCAAGGAUAUCAGACAUGUUUUUAAGUUGGACCAACUGGGAUUAGAAAUAGCGACGAUUGCAUUGCCUGCAGCACUGGCUUUGACAGCUGAUCCAAUUGCAUCCUUAAUCGAUACAGCAUUCAUUGGACAACUAGGUUCAGUGGAGCUUGCUGCAGUAGGAGUGUCAAUUGCUUUGUUCAAUCAAGUAUCAAGAAUAGCAAUAUUUCCACUUGUUAGUGUCACAACCUCUUUUGUUGCUGAAGAAGACACCAUUGAAGCAGCAAGACCUGGAGCAAAUGAGAAUGAUAACCUGGAGUCAGAUUCACCAACGAAUGCGGAAACUAAACAGUUGAUACCAGAAACUGAUACUGGUAAGAAUACAUACAACAUAAAAUCGGUUGAUGUAAGCUUCGAUAUAGCUAAAAAUGGUCAUAAAAAAAGGUAUAUCCCAUCAGCAUCAUCCGCAAUGGUUAUUGGUGGCACUCUUGGAUUUAUUCAAGCCAUAUUCCUCAUAUCGGGAGCUAAACCUUUAUUGAACUUUAUGGGAGUCGGUUCUGAUUCCCCUAUGUUAAAGCCAGCACAGCAGUACUUGAUGUUGAGGUCGCUCGGUGCUCCAGCAGUACUUCUUUCACUGGCUAUGCAAGGAGUCUUCCGUGGGUUCAAAGAUACAAAAACUCCUUUGUAUGCCACUGUGGCAGGAGAUGCAACAAAUAUAAUUUUAGAUCCAAUUUUUAUAUUUGUCCUUCGUCUCGGUGUGAAUGGUGCAGCUAUUGCUCAUGUUUUAUCUCAGUACUUAAUGUCAAUCAUCCUCUUUUGGAGAUUAGCAGCUCAAGUUGAUCUCAUACCCCCAAGUGCUAAACAUCUCCAAUUCAGUCGAUUUCUUAAAAAUGGCUUUCUAUUAUUAAUGAGGGUCAUUGCGGUUACAUUCUGCGUGACUUUGGCUGCAUCAUUGUCUGCGCGCCAAGGACCGACAGCCAUGGCUGCAUUUCAGGUCUGCUUGCAAGUUUGGUUGGCAACAUCUCUUCUAGCUGAUGGACUGGCUGUUGCAGGACAGGCAAUACUUGCAAGUGCAUUUGCAAAGAAUGACUAUGACAAAGCUGCAGUAACUGCAUCCCGAGUAUUACAGUUAGGCUUGGCUUUGGGGUUGAUACUCGCAUUAAUUCUCGGAACUGGGUUGCAGUAUGGAGCUAGGUUAUUUACAAAAGAUGUCAAUGUCCUCCAUCUUAUUGGCAUAGGCAUACCAUUUGUUGCUGCCACUCAACCGAUCAAUGCCUUGGCAUUUGUUUUCGACGGCGUCAACUUUGGUGCCUCUGAUUUUGCCUAUGCAGCAUGUUCUAUGGUUCUGGUGGCUAUUGUAAGCAUCAUCGUACUGUUUAUUCUCUCCUACACAAGUGGAUUCAUCGGCAUCUGGGUUGCUUUGACCAUCUAUAUGAGUCUUCGUGCACUUGCCGGAUUCUGGAGGAUAGGGACAGGUACAGGACCUUGGCAAUUCCUGAGGAAUAAUUAGUGACGCUUAAAUCAAUCGGGAGCUUAAGAUCUUGUUUGAUUUCAGUAGUUGCAGCAUCAUAUUUAGA